GUUCAGCAGACCAUCAGCAGCGUUUACGCUCGAGAACUAGACAAAGCGGUGACGGUAACAACAACAGUCCUAACAAAGAGAGCAUCCUCAGCGAAGAUAAAAGUUAUAGCAACGCCGUUGAUAAAACUGGUACCAGUAAAGAUUCAUUCGGUUCAAGUGGCAGAACCGAGAUUGGACAUAAUAAUGACGAGGUUAUAGUAAAUCCCAGCAGGUUGAGCUAUAAGACAAUAGAUGAUGAUGACUACUGUCGAUUUUCUGAUAUUUGCCUUCGUGCAGGUGAAGACGGUAAAAAAGGACAUAUCGCCGACAAUAAAACGCACACUAAAGACGCCGCCGGGGUCAGAAUAAGUAUCAACAGCGAGGACAGCCGCCCGGGUCGAAGAAGCAUUCCCGGGCGGUCUGAUGGCGAGGACGAAGAGAACCGGGAGGCGGAGCUAGGAGUGGGCGCGGACGGCCGGACGGACGUGGAGCGCGCCGCCGCGCCCGACGCCGAGCGGCUGCCUCCCGACGGCGCCAGCUGCUCCGCUCCUGACGACCACCGCGUUAAAGAGCGCGCGAGCUACGCCGUGUCGCGAUCUUCGGGCAGCUCCCGCCGCGACAGCGGAGAGCCCUUCCGAGCCGAUGUGGAAGCAGAAGGUGUUCUCCGGCCAGUUCGCAACUACAAAGGAAUUUACUUGCCCUCAAUUACCAACAGUUUUACACACGAAGGCGUAGAACUCUCCUACCAACGAUACUCGAGAAGACAACGGCAGAAGUCGUUAAUCAUGGUUAACGUCGUCGACUUUCUUCUCAAAAUUAGCUUAUCAGUCAUAUAUCUCGUAACACAUUCAAAAACAGAUGCAAACUCAUCGAUCGCGUGGACCGCGGCUUUCUCCCUGCUAAACGUGAGCAUAUGCCUGAUGGGCUGGUGGCGCUGCUUCGCCAACAACUACCUUCACUGGGCCGCCGCUACUACCUGGAUACUACUCGUCGCUCAGGGGCUCAGCGGGACAGGCAUCGGGUUUGAGUCGGCGGAGCACCAGGUGUGGUACAUGCUGUUCAUCGUGUUCGUGCCGUACGCCAUGCUGCCGCUGUCGCUGGGCUGGUGCAUGGUGGUGGGACUGCUGGCGUCCAUGGCGCACCUGCUGGCCGCCGCGCUGCACAUUACCAGCAGCCAGGAACCAGAUUGUACUCAUCCGCAAGAGCAAUGCAAGACGCGAAUCCUGAUAGCCAACACGCUGCUUUACUUAGCAGUGAAUUUUGCCGGCCUCUACGCCAAGUACCUGACGGACUGGGGCCAGCGCAAGGCCUUCGGCGAGACCUACCGCUCCGUGCGCACGCGCCAGCGGACCAAGCGCGAGAACGACCGCCAGUGGAAACUCUUCCAAAGCGUAAUCCCGGACUUCCUGGCCAAGGAGAUCGCCAACCACGUCUCAAGGGAAGGAGAGUUUCAAGACCAGCAGUUUAAUAAUUUGUACAUUCAGCGACACCAAAAUGUUUCGAUACUUUACGCCGAUAUAAAAGGGUUCACUGAAUUAUCAAGCAAAUGCAGUGCAGAAGAACUUGUAAAAUUAUUGAACGCCUUAUUCGCUCGGUUUGAUCGAUUGGCAUCGGAGAAUCAUUGUUUACGAAUUAAGCUUCUGGGAGACUGCUACUUCUGCGUGAGCGGGCUGCCGACCGCGCGGGCCGACCAUGCGCUGUGCUGCGUCAACAUGGGCCUGCACAUGAUCCGCGCCAUCCGCGACGUGCGCUACAACACGCAGGUAGACCUGGACAUGCGCAUCGGCAUCCACAGCGGUACGGUGCUGUGCGGCGUGCUGGGCCAGCUCAAGUGGCAGUUCGACCUGUGGUCGCACGACGUCACCGUCGCUAACCAUAUGGAGAGCGGCGGCCUCCCCGGUCGUGUCCACAUCUCGGAAGCCACGCUGCAAUGUCUAAACGGCGCCUUCGACGUGGAGCCCGGCGAGGGCGAGACCCGCGACCCCUACAUCCGCGAACAUGGGAUUACCACGUACCUCAUCCACGCCUCGGAGCAGCCUAGGCGCUCCCGGCAUCGUUCUAGACCCAGCGUCCCGACGAGCCACCACACCUCCGAGUCCAGUAACCGUCGCCCCAGCAGCAUUUUGGAGGAUGAAACCAUUACAGAUUGGACUCCAGAAAUACCCUUUCAGAACUACUACUCGGUGAGUGACGACGACGAGGCGCAGGCGGCGUUGGACUUGCCCCCUGGUCUGGAGCACGGCUUCGAUUCGGACGACGUGACACCGCUGGCCGAUGAAGAGGACAUGAUCAACCAUUCGAUCGAGGUGGGCACGAACCGCCGCAUGCGCAUGGACAACAUGCGGCUGUGGUCGCUGCGCUUCCGGCGGCUGUCGCUCGAGCACGAGUUCGCGCGCCUCGACGAGCUCACCUUCAAGUCCAACGUCUGCUGCUGCUUCCUGCUGUGGCUCUUCAUCUUCGCCGUGCAAACCACCAUGCACUACAAUUGUUGGAAGCUGAUGGCGGCGCUGGGCGUGGUGACGGUGGUGCUGGCGCUGGCGCUGCUGGCCGCGAUGGGCGAAGAGCUGCCGCGCGCGCCGCGGCUGGGCGCGCUGGCGCGCUGGCUCGGCGCCACCCGCCGCCGCCGCAACCUGCACAUAUGUACCUUCGUCACUGUCAUGUCCAUAUCUAGCACUAUCAAGCUAUUUAUUUGUGACCUAUCAACAUGCGACGAAACCAUGCCCGAAGUGGAGAAAGAUACUAAUGAGUGUUAUAGUCCAGAGUAUGUAGUAUUUACAUGGAUCUUGUGCCUCAUCGCCUUAACAUCUAUCCUGAAGCUAUACUAUUUGAUCAAGAUUUUGUUGGCUACGAUUAGCGUAGUCAUAUACGCCAUUUUGUUGGUGAAGUUUUACAAAGACAAAUCAGGCCCAUCUGCCCAAAUGGAAUUCUACAAACGAAUGUUGAUCCUCAUGAUGGUAUUCCUGGCGAUCGUGGUGAACCACGCGCGGCUCGUGGAGGUGACGUCGCGCCUCGACUUCCUGUGGAAGCUGCAGGCCGAGACCAACCUCGAGCAGAUGCGGGACAACCAGCGCACCAACAGAUACCUGCUCAAACACAUCCUGCCCGACCACGUCGUCAACCAUUUCUUGAGCAAGGAACGCCGUCCCGAUGAGCUGUACUCGCAGUGGCGGCACGAGGUGGGCGUGAUGUUCGCGGGCAUCCCCAACUUCCACGAGUUCUACUCCGAACAGAAGGCCGUGGACUGCAUGCGCUUGCUCAAUGAGAUCAUCUUUGACUUCGAUAACUUGCUAAGGGAGCCACGUUUCAAGAGCAUUGAAAAGAUCAAGACUAUAGGCGCAACAUACAUGGCUGCGUCAGGACUCGACCCCAACGACAAGACGAGCGACGAGGACUGCGAGCACCUGUGCGCGCUGGUGGACUACGCGUUCGCUCUGCGCGUGGCGCUGGAGGAUAUCAACAAACACAGCUUCAACAAAUUUCGGCUCAGAGUUGGGAUAAGCUGCGGGCCGCUGGUGGGCGGCGUGAUCGGCGCGCGCAAGCCAGUCUACGACAUCUGGGGCAACACCGUCAACGAGGCCUCGCGCAUGGAGAGCACGGGCGCUAUGGACCGGAUACAAGUCACCAAGUACACCAAAGAGUUGCUGCGACGGUGUGGUUACGAGCUGGAGGCGCGCGGCGAGGUGGAGGUUAAGGGAAAGGGCCGCAUGGAGACGUGGUGGGUGGUGCGGCAGCGCGGCGCGGCAGACGCGGGCGCCGAGGCCGCGCCGGCGCCGCCGCGCUCGCUCGUGGCUCUCGUCUACACCAUGUUGCAGGCCCGCAAGCGCAUCUACACACACCCUCUCGACGCUACUGCUAUGCCGAUCCGCAGCGGCAGCAUGCACGACAAGCCGACGCGGUGCAGCACCGCGCCCAGCGGCACGCACCGCCACUCGCGCCCCGCCCGCCGGCUGCCGUCACGUAUGGCUCACGAAAGUUCACGUCCGCCGUCGAAGAGCAUGGUAGUGAGGCGGCCCGACAUGGCUCCCCCGGUAGUGAGCAGCGUCUCGGCGCCGCACACCCCGGUGGCGCUCCACUCGUCGGCCUUCCCGGGCCCGCCGCCCAAACCCGGCAUCGGAGCCCGCCUGAAGGCGGCGAGCUUCUCCUACCGCGCCCGACCGCUGCGGGACAGAUCUCCUAAAAUACAAGAGCUGGAUGAAGCAAGCGCUAACCCCGCUAAUGGGACCCCGAAACUAUAUAAAAAUGGAACUUUCAGACUUCGGUCUGACACAACUAGAAUGUAAAUAAGCAUAAAUU